UCAAAACUCCGAGUUGUGACCGUCGCCGUCCUGCGAUGGGUCAAACAUCAAGGAGAGGUCACCGGUGCCCUGGUGGAGCUUCCUGCCCUGGCUGAAGGCUGAGGGCGCUUCUCGAUUACAGUACUAGCAUCGGGGUAAGAUUCAUGUUGAACCUGCAUUCACGGCAUUCAUCGCACGGCUUGGACGAAUGAGAGUAAGAUAAGCAAGGAGGACAGAGCAUCCUACAGGAGCCCCAAAAGUGCAGUCGCCAAUCUGGCAUGGAGGAACAGGAGUAUGCUAUCGAACAAGGGGAGGAGGAGGAGGAGGAGGAGCAGACGCUGCUUCAUGGACCUUGUCCCCUUGAGCAACUGGAACAACUUGGGAUAGCAUCUGCAGACAUCAAGAAAUUACGAGAGGGAGGAAUACAUUCCGUUGAAGGUGUUUCAUACUCCACACGGAGCCAGUUGCAGAAGAUCAGGGGCAUAAGCGAAGCAAAAGUAGAAAAGAUUCUGGAAGCUGCUGGAAAGCUUGUGCCCCUUUCCUUUACGAGUGCAACCACAAUCAACGAGCAAAGGAGCGAACUGAUCCAGAUCACAACAGGAUCAAAAGACCUUGAUAGGGUCUUGGGAGGAGGCUUCGAGUCUGGAUCAAUCACAGAACUUUAUGGCGAAUUUCGCACCGGCAAAACUCAAUUGCUGCACACUAUAUGUGUAACUUGCCAGUUGCCACUGGACCAGGGGGGAGGCGAAGGCAAAGCUCUCUACAUUGAUACAGAAGGAACCUUUCGGCCCCAGAGACUGUUGCAGAUAGCAGAACGGUAUGGGCUGAACGGAGCCGACGUCCUUGACAAUGUUGCAUAUGCACGCGCAUACAACACGGACCAUCAAAUGAAGCUGCUCUAUGAAGCAGCUUCUAUGAUGUCUGAGAGCAGGUUCGCUGUUUUGGUGGUCGACAGUGCCACGGCCCUAUAUCGAACGGAGUUCUUUGGACGGGGCGAGCUAUCCGCCCGACAGAUGCACUUGGGCCGCUUCCUGCGAGCAUUGCAGAAGCUUGCGGAUGAGUUUGGCAUAGCGGUGGUUAUGUCCAACCAGGUAGUGGCCCAGGUGGAUGGGGGAAACAUGUUCGCGGGACCACAAGUCAAGGCGAUCGGGGGCAACAUCAUAGCACAUGCCUCGACCACAAGGUUAGCUUUGAGAAAGGGAAGAGGCGAUGAGCGUGUUGCUAAGGUCGUCUGUUCCCCAUCCAUGCCGGAAGCGGACGGAAGAUUCAUCAUUACCAACGAUGGGGUUUCAGAUGCGAAGGACUAGAAAUUGCACUACCUGCAGUUUCAAAACGAUGUCCGCCGUUGUGGAUCAUGGACGCUUUGAUGAAGCUUGCUAGGACAUUAUAUCGAUGAAGGACCUCGAGGUGCUUAAAGAUUUUGUGCGUCGGUUACUUCCAAUCUGAUUGUCACGACAAUCUGAAUUCUUGUCAUUUCCGAGGAUAAGUACGUCUAAGUAGAGUUCUUACCCGUGCUUAAGCAUUUGAAGAGCCCAGAGAUUGCCAAUCUGGGUACAACAUAGUGAGGCACGUCCGCCGGACCAGAGGAGGAAUAAUGAAUUGUCAAUCUCCUCGCAGUCAGAGUGUGAAUCAGAGUGCAGGGAUGGGACAUGAUACAUGCCAUUUUUGGUGACUGUGUCUCCGAGGAUGACUAACUUCUUGAGUUCAAGUUGAUAUAAGCACUCGGUAACUAUUAUGG